AUGUCUGGCAAGAUUGUGUCUCAUCUCAAUAUCGAGACAUCGAUAUCCCCAGAAACAAUUCCUGCUUCACCCUACAUCCCCGGCUCAGGCAAUGUCUUCCCCAAGUUCGUUGAUGCAAUCUCACAAACGGGCUGGGAGCUCUGGUACUUUGACGGUGUUUCCAAAGAUGACCAGUCAGCUAUUUCGAUUGGCAUCAACAGAAGUGCUGAGGGUCUGAAGCACGGAGGCUUCAAAGUUCAGAUCUUUACGAUCUGGCCUGAUGGACAUACCUGGCACCGUGAUCUGUACUUCCCAGAGUCUAUCGUCACUUCUAAAGAUGGACAUAUCACUGGUCUUUGGAAGGAUGCAGAUAGCGGAGGCAAAGUCUCAUUCUCUGUGACUGGAGACUGCUCUUUGACUAUGUUGGUCUUUACUGUGCCUGGUGUUGCAGAUGGCACCAUGCAACUGGAAGCUCUACCUGGAGACUCAGGUCUCGACACCAAUCCUGAGCUAGGUCCUUCUGUACACUAUGUUCGUCCCAUGGGAAGAGCCGCUGUCAAAGCAGAGCUAUCUCUCUUCUCUGAAGACAGCGCAACAUCCGAGCUAUUCGUCCUCGGUCCAUCUGCAAACGGCGGCAUGGACCGCGUCUGGACACUAUACACCUGGCCCCAAAUCAUGACAGAGUCAUACUAUCUCCGCGCCCAAGUCGGGCCCUACGCAAUGCAAAUAAUGCGAAUUUUCUCUGAACCCGAAACCGGCUGCAAACCAUACACAAUGGCAAGACUCUACCGCGACGACAAGCUCGUCUGCGCAGCAAAUCAAGUUCUUACCUACGAAGAGCAGGAUUUCUCCCAAGACUCUUUGAUCUUGAGUAAGCGAAACGACGCGACUUCUGAUGAUGUAGUCACAGGUGCGUAUCGCGACAGGAACAUUGGGUAUAUAGUUGAGUUCGUUGCGAAAGGAACGGGUGGACAACGAUGGAUGUUUCAGGUUGAUCAUGAGCAUAUUUUCUGGAAUUAUCCUACCAGCGCGCCUGGGCCUGAAGGGACCGGUAACACGGGAUUUGUUGAGUCGGUUAUUGGGGGUGCGGAUGAGGAGGCGUACUUUGGGAUUGGAACCGGAGGUCAGUGUCAAUUGAGCUAG